ACGCGAUGCGGUGAAGUGAACGGAUGUUAGCUGAGCUGCUCUCUUCCUUCAGUUCGCUCGCGGACACUGUGCUGAACGGUCGUAAUCGUAUUUGAAUAGGCACACACAUUUACGUGAGACUUCGUCGCCCUGCGGGCGCGUUUUCAGUCGACACGGUUACCAUUUCGGUUCGUUGUUAAUAGAGGAGGUUAUAAUCUAUUUGGAACGCCAGUGGACGGAAUAAGCCGGCUCUUCUCGAGCGAGCGCGAGUGUAAGCGAUAACGAAAUCCAGCUAGCGUAGGGAUUCGGGUAAUGAUUGGUGCAGUUUUGUGCGAGGAAAAAAAUCUGUCCGCUUCCUUGAGGUGUGAUUCAACUGAUAGAUGUGCAAUCUUGAUUAUUCCUACCUAAAAGGUUACCUCUGAGACGCAAAUCGAACCGAUCAGAGAGUGAGCUUAAUAUAUGAGAAGUGUAGUGCUAGUGUAGUAAGCUUGGCAGAUUACCGGGGGUGGUGUCUCUGUUUGGAAUAUUUAGCGUAGUCCGUAGUAGGAAUCGAAAAAGUACACUUGUGAUAAUGAAGAUCCUUAGAAAUAGACAAAUAGUGCAGUGCAUUUAAGCGAUUCUUUGCGGUGAAGUGCGUCGGUUAAACAAAACAAACCAAGUAAAAUAAUGGAGUGGUCGUGGUUGCGGGAUUGGUGGCGAUUGAAAAAGCCGCGACGAAAGCAUCGACACAUCAACAGACCAGCAACGGCGGCAAAUUCGGAUCCCGCAAAUGACGGUGAAAACGGUGCUGCUCGUUGCGUCGAUGACGAGUUCGAUAUUGCCGACGUUUAUGGUUACGAGUACGGUGAAAACGAUCCACCCACCAGCAGCAACGCCGAAAACGCCGCUGACGAUGAUGAUUUCAUCUGCUACUGUGAUGAAUGUAUGAAUGGUGAUCUCGAUUCCACCGAUGGGCUCGAUUCGGACGACUCGUCGGCCGCCGGCAAGCAAGUGGUCGUUGCCGUCUGUGCCAUGGCUAAAAAAUCCCAGUCCAAACCGAUGAAGGAGAUUCUUACCCGGCUGCAGGAGUUCGAGUUCAUACGGAUGAUCGUAUUCAGCGAGGAGACUAUCCUGAAGGAACCGGUGGAGAAUUGGCCCCUGUGUGAUUGCUUAAUUUCAUUCCAUUCGAAGGGCUUUCCGCUGGAGAAGGCGAUCCAGUAUGCGCAGCUGCGGCAACCGUACGUGAUCAACAAUUUGCACAUGCAGUUCGAUAUACAGGUAGACCGCCGGCGGGUGUACUCCAUACUGGAGAAGGAAGGAAUUGAAAUUCCACGGUACGCGGUGCUGGAUAGAGAUUCACCCGACCCGAAACAUCACGAAUUGGUGGAAUCCGAGGAUCAUGUGGAGGUGAAUGGGAUCAUUUUCAACAAACCUUUCGUGGAGAAACCAGUUUCGGCCGAAGAUCAUAAUAUCUAUAUUUAUUAUCCUACGUCAGCCGGUGGUGGUAGCCAACGGCUGUUUAGAAAGAUUGGUAGCCGUAGCAGCGUUUAUUCGCCGGAAUCACGCGUCCGCAAAACGGGUUCUUUUAUCUAUGAAGAUUUUAUGCCCACAGACGGGACCGACGUUAAAGUUUAUACGGUCGGUCCGGACUAUGCGCAUGCUGAGGCUAGAAAAAGUCCAGCUCUCGAUGGUAAGGUGGAGCGCGACAGCGAUGGAAAGGAGAUUCGCUACCCGGUUAUUUUGAAUAACGCAGAAAAGUUAAUAUCCCGAAAGGUAUGUCUUGCUUUCAAGCAAACCGUGUGUGGUUUCGAUCUGCUACGUGCCAAUGGGAAAUCGUUUGUCUGUGAUGUCAACGGGUUUAGUUUUGUGAAAAAUUCCAACAAGUAUUAUGACGAUUGUGCGCGAAUAAUGGGUAACAUGAUACUGCGUGAAUUGGCUCCCACUUUGCACAUCCCGUGGUCUGUUCCGUUUCAAUUGGAUGAUCCACCCAUCGUACCGACAACGUUCGGAAAAAUGAUGGAACUACGUUGUGUUACCGCUGUGAUACGGCACGGUGAUCGAACGCCGAAACAGAAAAUGAAGGUCGAAGUACGGCAUCCUAAGUUUUUCGAAAUCUUUGAAAAGUAUGACGGUUACAAGUACGGUCACAUUAAACUGAAAAGACCAAAACAGCUGCAGGAAAUUUUGGAUAUCGCACGGUCGUUACUGGCCGAAAUACAGACUAAAGCGGCGGACUCGGAAAUUGAGGAGAAGCAGAGCAAGCUGGAGCAGCUAAAAAGCGUGCUGGAAAUGUAUGGUCAUUUUUCGGGAAUAAACCGUAAGGUCCAGAUGAAAUACCAGCCAAAGGGGCGGCCCCGAGGAUCUAGCUCUGACGAUGGUAAACAUCAUUCUAUAGAUGCCCCGAAAGAGCCUUCCCUGGUUCUGAUAUUGAAGUGGGGCGGAGAACUAACUCCGGCUGGGCGAAUUCAAGCCGAAGAGCUUGGAAGGAUUUUCCGGUGUAUGUAUCCUGGGGGGCAAAGCCGCGAUGGCAAGGAGGGGCUGGGUGCACAGGGUUUGGGUUUGCUACGGUUACACUCGACGUUUCGUCAUGAUUUGAAGAUUUACGCUUCGGACGAAGGUCGCGUUCAGAUGACGGCGGCAGCCUUCGCUAAAGGUCUGCUUGCUCUGGAGGGCGAACUUACGCCCAUUCUAGUACAGAUGGUUAAAAGUGCAAACACCAAUGGACUGCUAGAUAACGACUGUGAUUCAAGUAAGUAUCAAAAUAUGGCCAAAUCAAGACUGCACGAGCUGAUGCAAAUCGAUAGAGACUUUACAAUUGAAGAUCGCAUAGCGAUCAAUCCCGGCAAUGCAAUUAGUAUAAAUCUGGCAAUGGAUUUUGUGAAAAAUCCAGUGAAAUGCUGCGUACAUGUUCAGUCGCUCAUACAAUCGUUACUAGCUGUGGUUGCCGUUAAAAGGGAUGACCCCAAAACUCGAGAAGCGGUGCUUUAUCAUGGAGAAACCUGGGAAUUGAUGGGUCGACGUUGGGGAAAAAUCGAGAAGGAUUUUUGUACUAAAAGUAAAAAUUUCGAUAUUUCCAAGAUACCGGACAUCUAUGACUGCAUCAAGUAUGAUCUGCAGCAUAACCAGCACACACUUCAGUUUGAUUUAGCCGAGGAAUUGUAUAUAUACGCUAAAUAUUUGGCGGAUAUUGUGAUACCACAGGAGUACGGUUUAACUGUACAAGAAAAAUUGACAAUCGGGCAAGGCAUUUGUACGCCUUUGUUGAAAAAGAUUCGUGCCGAUUUGCAACGUAACAUAGAGGAGGUUGGCGAUGAAAGCGUGAAUCGUUUGAAUCCACGCUACAGCCACGGUGUGUCCAGUCCAGGGCGUCACGUUCGAACACGGCUGUACUUCACCAGCGAAAGUCACGUUCAUUCGCUCCUGACGGUGCUUCGUCACGGAGGUCUGCUUAAUGUACUGACCGACGAGCAGUGGCGUCGGGCAAUGGAAUACGUAUCGAUGGUGUCGGAGCUAAACUACAUGUCGCAGAUUGUGAUAAUGCUAUACGAAGAUCCUACCAAGGAUCCGUGCUCGGAAGAACGCUUCCAUGUGGAGCUGCAUUUCAGUCCGGGCGUCAAUUGCUGCGUGCAGAAGAAUUUACCGCCGGGGCCCGGAUUUAGGCCACACAGCCGGAACGAUUCGGUGACGUCGAAAAAUGCGAGUGGAGAUGAAGAAAGUACAUCUAGAAUCGACGAGGAAAACGAUACUGAGGAGGAAAAUUCGCAUGAAUCCGGACUAGCUCUACCGAGGGAUAAUGUUUUGGUAGAUUCGACGAAAAGCAAGGAAAGACGUUUGCGUAAGCUCAAAUCUUCCGAGCCAAUCCCGAUCGGUUCCUGUCACACCGUUUCGGGCCACGAAGCGUUGGAUCUGGCGAAGCGACUUAGCGAAGAGCUGGCGGCAAGACAGCAAACGGGUGGUAGCCAGCGGCCGCAUAGUCCGGAUGAACCGCGGGCGGCUCGUUCGUUUGAACACGGUAAACCGGCUCGGAUGAAGGACAGCGGCACGAAUCCGUCCGACAGCGGCAACGUUGCCGUCGGUGGCGGGACCGCCGGUGCGGUUUGCGCGGUUUCGUCCUCCCAUGGGUCGUCUCAUUCCUCCACCGGUGGUGCAGCUGUAAGACGUCAACGACACAGCAUUGCCGGCCAGAUGAGCUACUUUAAGAUGCUAGGUGGCUUCGGUAAAAAGAUGGCUACCAGCACCAACAGUUUGUUCAGCACCGCGGUCAUCAGUGGCAGCUCGUCGGCGCCGAAUCUGCGCGAUAUGAUUCCGAACACGGCAUCGCCGUCAGCAAUUGAAGGAUUCGGCGGAGUGCCUCCGAUUCGCCCGCUGGAAACCCUGCACAAUGCCCUGUCGCUGCGGCAGUUGGAUCAGUUUCUGGAGAAGAUGACCGUCGGGCCACUGUUCAAAACGCCGGCCUCGUCGCCGCCCAAGUACCCGUCGACACCGAUGCCGACUCCCGUGCCGAGCCCGGCCGUGCCGGACCGACCAGUGCUACCGCCGGCGAGCUGGAGCGGUCAAUCGAGCAUGGCCAGUAGCAUCAGCGCCAUGUCCAGCGGGGGACCCUCGUCUCCCAACUAUAGUGAUUUGUUUUCCCGUGGCUGCCCGAGUAGCGACAUGUCGGCCAGUAUUACCAGCACUGAUGGACUCGCUGCCGGAGGAGGAAGUCAUCGGGACGAUUUGCCGCAGGUUUUUCCGAUUAUCGAUAAUGAUCUGAACGUGCUCGGGUCGCAUUUCAACUACGACCAGCUGGCGGCCAGUAUCAGUUUGGACAGUCCCGUCAGGAUUCCACCGGUUAGUAAGGACGCCACACUGGACAUUAGCGGAGAUUUAACUCCCAUUAGUACGUGUUCGGAUUGGGAAUUCAAUACCAAUGACGCUACGAAGGGUUCGACUAAUACAAACUGUGAUUUGACCGCUGAGGAGGACGACGAGGAUGCCACGAUAUCGACGGACACGUGUCUCAGCACCGGAGAUUUGGCUGUGGCUAGCGAAGAAGCCGGUAGAGCGUCCAAUCCUAACUUGACACUGGCUUCUACCGCUAUCGCUGGAAGUAAGCAGCUACAGAAGGAGCUUUUAUUCGAUCUAAAAAAUGUACGCCAUGAGCUGAUCCACCUGAGAAGUGACAUUCCUGCACCACCCGCGUCCGCUCCCCCAACGGGGCCAAAUUCUGUAGCGUCGGGUGGAGCCACAUCUAAGAUAGAUAACCGUUUUCGAGGCAACCGGAUUCAGAAACAAAUUAGUCUGUAUGAGAAGGAUUCUCGUACGGAAGCGAAAAAUUUGUCCCAGGAAUCGCACAAAUUCGGCGAUCGAAGUUCCGGUAUGCUAAAGCAUGCCACUUCGUACGAUCACCAGCCGAGUCGUAUUCACAUGUCUUUCGAUGAACUGCAAAAGGACAUUCCAAAUCUAGAACGGAAUUUAGCGAGCAAGUUCGAACUGGAACAGGAGAAGUGUUCGAAAACGAACAAAUGCAUGGCCGCCCGGUUAAAUAACGCAUCGACGCCAGGGGCACUACUGAUACGGGAAAGUUUCAUCGAACCACCACGCAUCACGAGAGUUACGAAAAGUUUUCACGGUAAAACCGAUUACCAUCACCUGCAGCAGGUGAACGAUGUUACGCGACGAGCCAGCGAUAUCGUAAGACCGUCCACCUCAAUUUCGGUGCUGCUGCCGACGGUAGCAAAUCAAACCUGCGCUGGACGAGAUUGCGCCACCAAUAGGUACAAUAAGAAUCAGAUUCGACAGGAGGCAUCCGGCGGUUCGGCUCCGGCUGGGACCAGAAUUGGUGCUGGAAGAUUUACAACUUCAAUCGUGCCCGAGAUGUCCUCGAAUGCUGCUGCUGCUAGAGAGGAAAAUACGGCUCCGGCGGAGACAAUUGCAGAUACCGUACAAUCACGUGAAGAAAUCGGCGAUGUUGGCAGUUUGAAUGGUGCUACCAGUAGAGCGGCAGAAGACGAUCAGGCAAGGCAGGACCCGCCUAAGCAGCAGCAGCAGCAGCAGCAGCAGUUCCAUUGAUAAAUGUUGUUCACUAAUCUUACUAGGAGUUGAAAAAUAAAAG